AAUCCAAUCCAAUCCAAUCCAAUCCAAUCCAAUCCAGUUCCUACACCCUUUCUUUAUACUAACCCUCGACCUCGACCUCUACCUCUCCCUCUCCCUCCCCCGCCUCUAGCCACAGCCAUCAUCACCAUGUCGACUCCAGCCAACUGCACCAUCGAGACCUGCUCAGUGAAAGAGUACGGCCAGAUCGAGUACAUCCCGACCUUGGUCGGCAAUGCCAUCUACACGGGCAUCUUCGGGCUGCUGCUCCUGCUGCAGCUCUUCCUGGGCAUCCGGUACCGCACGUGGGGCUUCAUGGUCGGCAUGGCGUGCGGCAUCGUGCUCGAGAUCGUGGGCUACGUCGGGCGGCUGAUGCUGCACGACGACAUCUUCGACAAGAACUCGUUCAUCGUCUACCUGAUCGGCCUGACCAUCGGCCCGGCCUUUCUGACCGCCGCCAUCUACCUCUGCCUGAGCCGCAUCAUCACCAUCUACGCCCUCGAGCUGAGCCUGCUGAAGCCGCGCACCAUCGCCACCCUUUUCGUCGCCUGCGACUUCGUCUCCUUGCUCCUGCAGGCCACCGGCGGCGCCAUCGCGUCCACCGCCGACGACGACGCCUCGAACCAGACCGGCAUCGACAUCAUGAUUGCCGGCCUGGCGUCGCAGGUCGUGUCGCUGGCCAUCUUCAUGGCCAUCUGCGGUCACUUUGCCUGGAAGGUGUUCAAGAACCCCGACAAGCUCAACCCGGAGCACGCUGCCUUGCGGCGCACGCUCCGUUUCAAGGGCUUCCUGGCCGCUAUCGCCAUCGCCGUCAUCACCAUCACGGUGCGCUCGGCCUACCGCCUGGCCGAGCUCCAAGACGGCUUCGACGGCCAACUGGCCAACGACGAACUCGUCUUCAUGAUCCUCGAGGGCCCCAUGAUCAUCGCCGCCGUCACCGCCCUGACCAUCUGGCACCCGGGCUUCGUGCUGGGCGCCAAGCUGUGGGAGGACGCCAACUUCCACUUCCGGUCCGGCAAGACGGAUCUGGGCCACUACAAGGAGGUCAACGACAGCAGCGCCGAGCAGAUUGCCAUGCCGUCGCUUUCGCAGGCCUAAGCGUCCCCGCCCGGCAAAAAGAGCGGAGCGCGGGUUGGAAGGAGAGGAAGAAGAGCGCGGACAGAUACCCCGGCCAACCCACCCAUAUAUUCGCAGAAAAGAGCAGGAGGAUGUUUGUGCCGUCUCCUCACGGGGGCGGUGGGUUUAGGCGUGUGUCUGUUCCCCCCUUGGACGGAUGGUAGAUGACACGGGAAAUGAUCAUGAACGGCGUUACCUGGGUAAAACAGAUCUUGAGAUACCAAUUUGUUUUCAUAGAUGCGGGAUCAAAUCACACACCUGACAGGACAUGGUGUUGGUGGAAAAUGCCAAAGUUAC